AUGUACCAUGGAACGUCUUGUCCCUUGUUUGCCGCUGAGGUGAAAGGAGACGAGCUUUUUCCCUUCCUUUUUAGCAAGGCCGCCGUACUGAAGGCAAUUCGCAGUGGUAAGUACACACUUUGUGAGCGUACAGCCGAAAGAAAUCUGGACGCUCGAUUGGCCGUGGCCAUUAUCAGUCCUGUGCAACCUAAUCUGAUCUGA